UGAGCUGUAGGGGAGCUGGGGAGCCCCUGUAAUCGGCUUCUGGUGGUCUUCGUUUUCUGGGGGCUACAGCGAGGUGCAAAACUGCACCAAAUUCGAGGGAGAGGGCUCCCCGGCAUCUCCCCCCAGGAGGUGGAAGCAAGAAGCUCUUCAGGUCUGUGGAAAAGCUGCAGCGGCAGGUUGCCGGGACUUGUCAGUUCGUGUGCGGCGCGGCGGGAGUCCCAGCUGGCAGCCCCGCUGUGAUCUCGGGGCCCGGGACUGGAGGCGUGGACACCGGUCACCAUGGCGUCCAUCCUGGAUGAAUACGAAGACUCCCUGUCUCGCUCAGCAGUCUUGCAGCCUGGCUGCCCCAGCGUCGGCAUCCCUCAUUCGGGGUAUGUGAAUGCUCAGCUGGAGAAGGAAGUGCCCAUCUUCACCAAGCAGCGCAUUGACUUCAACCCUUCUGAUCGCAUCACCAAUCUUGUGGUCUCCUGCAAUCAGCUCUGCAUGAGCCUGGGCAAGGACACACUGCUCCGUAUUGACCUGGGUAAGGCCAAUGAGCCCAAUCAUGUGGAGCUGGGGCGAAAGGAUGAUGCCAAGGUGCACAAGAUGUUCCUGGACCACACCGGGUGUCACCUGCUCAUUGCUCUGAACAGUACAGAGGUCCUCUAUGUGAACCGCAAUUUACAGAAGGUGCGGCCACUGGCGCGUUGGAAGGGGCAGCUGGUAGAGAGUGUAGGCUGGAACAAGGCCAUGGGCACAGAGAGCAGCACAGGUCCCAUCCUGGUCGGCACUGCCCAGGGCCAGAUCUUCGAAGCUGAGCUGUCUGCAAGUGAAGGGGGUCUGUUUGGCCCUGCCCCAGAUCUCUACUUCCGUCCACUGUAUGUGCUGAAUGAAGAGGGGGGCCCAGCCCCCGUGUGCUCACUGGAGGCUGAUAGGGGCCCUGAUGGGCGUGGCUUUGUCAUCGCCACCACCAGGCAGCGCCUCUUUCAGUUCAUAGGCAGAGCCACUGAGGGGGCGGAAGCCCAGGGCUAUGCGGGGCUCUUUGCUGCCUAUGUAGACCACCCGCCACCGUUCCGCGAGUUCCCCAGCAGCCUGGGCUAUAGCGAGCUGGCCUUCUACACCCCCAAGUUGCGCUCUGCACCCCGUGCAUUCGCCUGGAUGAUGGGUGAUGGUGUGCUCUAUGGAGCACUGGACUUCGGGCGCCCAGACUCCCUGCUAAGUGAGGAGCGGGUCUGGGAGUACCCAGAGGGCAUGGGCCCUGGGGCCAGCCCACCCCUGGCCAUCGUCCUCACACAGUUCCACUUCCUGCUGCUACUUGCAGACCGGGUAGAGGCCGUGUGCACGCUGACAGGGCAGGUGGUGCUGCGGGACCACUUCCUGGAGAAAUUUGGCGCCCUGCGUCACAUGGUCAAGGAUUCCUCUACUGGCCAUCUGUGGGCCCACACAGAGCGAGCAGUCUUCCGCUAUCAUGUGCAGCGAGAGGCCCGGGAUGUCUGGCGCACCUACCUGGACAUGAACCGUUUUGACCUGGCCAAGGAGUACUGCCGGGAGCGGCCUGACUGCCUGGACACUGUCCUGGCCCGUGAGGCUGACUUCUGCUUCCGCCAACGUCGCUACUUGGAGAGCGCCCGCUGCUAUGCCUUGACACAGAGCUACUUUGAGGAGAUUGCCCUCAAAUUCCUGGAGGCCCGCCAGGAGGAGGCGCUGGCUGAGUUCCUACAGCGGAAACUGGCUAGCUUGAAGCCUGCUGAGCGCACACAGGCCACAUUGCUAACCACCUGGCUGACCGAGCUCUACCUGAGUCGCCUGGGGGCCCUUCAGGGGGACCCAGAGGCCCUGAACCUCUACCGGGAAACCCGGGACCACUUCCGAGCCUUCCUCAGCAGCCCCCGCCACAAAGAGUGGCUCUUCACCAGUCGGGCCUCCAUCCAUGAGCUGCUGGCCAGCCAUGGGGACGCAGAGCACAUGGUAUAUUUUGCAGUGAUCAUGCAGGACUAUGAGCGGGUCGUGGCUUACCACUGCCAGCAUGAGGCCUACGAGGAGGCCCUGGCUGUUCUGGCCCGCCACCGAGACCCCCAGCUCUUCUACAAGUUCUCUCCUGUCCUCAUCCGGCACAUACCCCGCCAGCUGGUGGAUGCCUGGAUUGAGAUGGGCAGCCGGCUAGACGCCCGGCAUCUCAUCCCUGCCUUGGUGAACUACAGCCAGGGUGGUGAGGCACAGCAAGUGAGCCAAGCCAUUCGUUACAUGGAGUUCUGUGUGAACGUGCUGGGUGAGACAGAGCAGGCCAUUCACAACUACCUGCUGUCAUUGUAUGCCCGUGGCCAGCCUGCCUCUCUGCUGGCCUACCUCGAGCAGGCAGGGGCCAGCGCACACCGAGUGCAUUAUGACCUCAAGUAUGCACUGCGGCUCUGUGCUGAGCAUGGUCACCACCGGGCCUGUGUCCACGUCUACAAGGUCUUGGAGCUGUAUGAAGAGGCUGUGGACCUGGCCCUGCAGGUGGAUGUGGACCUGGCCAAGCAGUGUGCAGACCUGCCUGAGGAAGACGAGGAGCUGCGCAAGAAGCUGUGGCUGAAGAUCGCACGCCACGUGGUGCAGGAAGAGGAGGACGUGCAGACAGCCAUGGCCUGCCUGGCCAGCUGCCCUCUGCUCAAGAUUGAGGAUGUGCUGCCCUUCUUCCCUGACUUCGUCACCAUCGACCACUUUAAGGAGGCCAUCUGCAGCUCCCUGAAAGCCUACAACCAUCACAUCCAGGAGCUGCAGCGGGAAAUGGAGGAGGCCACAGCCAGUGCCCAGCGCAUCCGGCGUGACCUGCAGGAGCUGCGGGGCCGCUAUGGCACUGUGGAGCCCCAGGACAAGUGUGCCACCUGUGACUUCCCCCUGCUCAACCGCCCCUUCUACCUCUUCCUCUGCGGCCACAUGUUCCAUGCCGACUGCCUGCUGCAGGCUGUGCGGCCCGGCCUGCCUGCCUAUAAGCAGGCUCGGCUGGAGGAGCUGCAGCGAAAGCUGGGGGCCACCCCACCACCCACCAAGGGCUCUGCCAGGGCAAAGGAGGCUGAGGGUGGGGCUGCAGCUGGGGGCCCCAGCCGGGAACAGCUCAAGGCUGACCUAGACGAGUUGGUGGCUGCUGAGUGUGUGUAUUGUGGAGAGCUGAUGAUACGCUCCAUCGACCGGCCCUUCAUUGACCCCCAGCAGUAUGAGCAGGAGCACCUCAGUUGGCUGUAGGGGGCAUUGAUACUUUGGCGGGGCAGGCAAUGGGGGCAGCUGCUUGUCCCCCAUUGGGAAGGCCAUGCCAUCAUCUGGGCUUGCUCCCCUGGAGACUGCUGGGCCUUGACUGUCAGAAGAGGACUAGGGGCAGCUAUGUGGGCUGUCCUGCA